AUGAGCGCCUUCAACCGAGUGCUAUCGAAAAUAAAACCAACAUUUGAUUUAAUUAUUCUUCGAAUAUUCAAAGAAGUCUUAUUUCUGUUCGGUCUCGCGCCCUUCAGCGUGAAAAUCUCGGAAUCUCCAGUUGAGAGAUCCAAGUUCGUCUUUAAAUUCUCGCAGUCGCGAAACAGAUGCGCUUAUAACAUCAUCGUCGGCGUUUUGUUUACGUCGUAUAUCGUUUGGAAGAAAAACAACAGCAAUUGGAUCAACACUGCAUUAUUCGCGGCCAUACAUGGAGCCACCGCUACCAUCAAUUUCAUAUACUGCUAUUACAGUCAACAACUGAUCGCAAUUGGAAAUCGUCUAGCUGAAUAUGACAGAGCGGUACCAAUGGCGUUGUCACGAUUUUAUCAUUGUGAAGACGCGACACUUCAAAUGAUCAUUGUAACUACUGCUGCUACAAUUGUCUGGCUCAUUGACAGUGUAUUAGUUGUCAUAAAAUCCGACUACCCAAUGGAUACUGCACUACUCAUGACAGUGGGCUUGUCGUACAACUGCUUCUGGAUCCAAUACAUCAUGAUUAUAAUUCUUCUGAAGAAUAGGUUGUCCGCGCUGAAUGCCGCACUCAUGAAGAUUGGAAACGCCGAUGCAAAGAGAAAGACGAUCUCUGUACUUUCUUUCGAUGCAUCUUGCGAAUCAAGAACUGAAAGAAAUAUCGUAGUCAUCAGAAAAGCGCGGAAUAUUCUUUACGCUAUUGCCUACAGUGUUGAAGAGUUCUAUUCACUUCCAGUUGUGGUAGCUGUUAUUGAAUGCUGCUGCAUCGUUGUCUAUAGUGGUUACUACACAAUCGGUCCGUUCAUUCUCUCCGAACCGCCAGCAACACCAUUCUUAUUUUACAAUUACGCGUGUUGGGGCAUUGAGUAUUUAUGGAUUUUGGCGUGUUUCAGCAUUAAUGUUAAUAAACUUAUUGAAGAGGUUAGGAUCUUUACCAGAGAAACUAUCAUUGUAGUUUACGACAUCAUGGAGACAUACGAUGAUAAGAAAAGCAUCAAGUCCUCGUUAAUUGAUUUCUCUUAUGAAUCGCUGAACCGACAAAUGAACUUCACAGCAUGUAAAAUGUUCCCUCUUGAUUGCUCUCUGCUGUUAUCAAUUCUCAGCAUGAUGGGAACGUACAUGGUGAUUGCUCUCCAGUACAAGCCUUGA